AUGUGAAUGGUAUUCAAAACUUUUUUUUGUCUUUCACAGAAGACUUAAUUAAAACCUCUCUGCAUCCAUGGAUAAAAACAAGCCUUCUCAUAUGUAUUUUAUCGGCAAGAAAGAAGAUUUUGAUCAGGCUAAGAGGAUGAUUGUGACUCUGGAUGGAAGAGAUAUUCUUAUUAUAUAUCAUCAAAGAACUUUCUAUGCAAUGGACCUACAGUGUUACCAUGCCGGCAGUAGUUUGGAGCUCGGAGAUAUUGAGGAAAUCAACAAAAAGCUCUGUAUUGUGUGCCCAAAGCACAAGUAUAAGAUCACUCUCGCUGAAGGUGAGGGGUUAUACAAGGCAACCAACCCUGCAGAAAAGCUCCCUACUCCACAGUGGUAUUCCAAAGGAAUAAAGCAGAGAGUGCACAAAGUGACGGAAGUAGACGAAGACAUCUUUGUGAUAUUGUCCAACUGCCCUGGGUGGGUUGAGUCAGACUAUUAUCAGACUGAGAAGGGCAGGGCAGAACUGAGAAAAGCACAGGAAUCCAAGGAUGGAGAUGAAGAUGCGAAUGCAGAUGAAGACGUUUAGUCUUGCAGCAACAGUGAGAGGAGAGCUCCAGGGAUCCUGAGGGGACUGCAUAUAUUAAGAUUGAUGAUUUCAGAGUCGGUUUGCAUGCAUAAAACGGCGAUUUGACAUCAUGAAUCAAAAUUAUAUCAUAGUCCUUUUUUGUGUCAGUGCCAGGAUCUCUACAUUGCCAUCAUUCACAGUGAUGCCUCUGUCAGCUCUGUUUUGUUG